AUGACUACCUCAAUCACUAUCACAGAAGAACACCAAGAUGCCAUCGCUUUGCGCAGUGUCCGCGCUAUCGACGACGACAUCUCAGCCUCCCUCUUCGCCCGCCAAUCCGACGGUGCUCCUGCAGUUCAGCCGAAACCACCUACUCUUCACCCCGUCGUUCUCACCGCCCAGCUUGCAGGAGUAAACCUGCUGAGCUCCAUCAUCAACGGGAACAUCACAGUCGGCCUCCCCCGCAUCGCUGCCGACCUCAGGCUGCCCGAGGAACUCUUCUUCUGGCCGGUAUCCGUGUACGGGCUCGCUGUAGCGUCUACCCUCCUACUGGCCGGUUCAGUUGCCGACAUCCUGGGCACUCGGGCUGUGGACUUGUCGGGCUGCUUCGCGCUCGCAGCCAGCAUACUCGGGAGCGGCUUCGCGCGGACAGGGGUGCAGUUCAUCGUGCUAAGAGUCAUUCAGGGGGUCGCUAUGAGCCUACACCUGUCGUCUUCCGUGGCCAUCGUGGCUGGUAACCUGCCGCAGGGCCGAAGCAGGAACGUUGCCUUCUCCUGUAUAGGCCUCAGUCAACCGCUCGGGUUCUCGCUCGGACUUGUUACUGGUGGUAUUCUAGUUGAUACCAUCGGUUGGCGUGCGGGCUGGUUCAUUGACGGUGGUGCGAUGCUGCUGCUGUUUGUCGUUGGGCUACGAGUCCUGCCCAAGAAUAAGCGGCACGCCCAAGGCAUUAUGACUCAACUGGCCACCAAGGUAGAUUGGGUCGGUGCAGUUUCCAAGAAGUCCAGCAAUUGGCUCAUCGUCGACAAGGUUUCCGCAGCCUGGCUCGUCGUUGUCUCAUCAGUCUUGUGUGCCAUAGCCCCUCUCCUCAUGGCCCUCGUCCAGCCACAGUGGCCAUACUGGUACAACGCAUUCUUCGCCCAGAUCCUGACGCCUCUGAGUGGCGACGUGCUCUUUACUAUCGGACUGAUUGUGGUCUCCAACGUCUUCCCCGAGGACACGCAGUCGCUGGCCGGGGCCGUGUUCAAUACCGCUGCACAGUUUGGCAGCUCACUCGGCCUGACUGUCAUGCAGGUUGUAUCCGCGCUGACAGCGAAGGGCCAGCCUGGUGCGCCUGGGUCUCCCGAGAAACUCAUGGCUGGCUAUCGAGCGAGCUUUUGGACCAUGUUUGCGCUCAUGUUGUCAUGCGCUUUUGUAAGCACGUUUGGCUUGCGUCGAGCUGGUAAGGUGGGCGCCAAGCAGGACUAG